AUGAGGCCCUCAUACUCCAUCAUGGCAAAGCCCAACAUCACCGGCUUCGACCCGCAGAAGUUCGCUGCUGCCGCAAAGACCGGCACCAAGGGCGACCCGUGGGCACGAUACGAACAAUGGCGAUACACAGGUCCUUUCUCCAGAUGGAACCGCUUCAAGGGCUCCUUCCCCGGCCUCGGCAUUGCGACAGUCGCCUUUGCGGGAUACCUGGUAGCUGAGCAGCUCUUCUUCAAGGACGACCACGCGCACCACGAUGAGGGUCACCACUGA